AUGGGGCUGAGCUACGGGCUCUUCGUCUGCCUACUGCUCUGGGGAGGCUCGGAGCUGUGCUACCCCCAGCCGCUCUGGUUCUUGCAGGGCGGGACCCGCCAGCCAGCGCCCCCCGUGACGCCCGUGGUCGUGGAGUGUCUGGAGGCCCGGCUCGUGGUCACGGUCAGCAGAGACCUUUUUGGCACCGGGAAGCUCAUCCAGGAGGCCGACCUCAGCCUGGGCCCUGAGGGCUGCGAGCCCCAGGCCUCCACGGACGCCACGGUCAGGUUCGAGGUCGGGCUACAUGAGUGUGGUAACAGUGUGCAGGUGACUGACGACUCCCUGGUGUACAGCUCCUUCCUGCUCCAUGACCCCCGCCCCGCGGGAAACCUGUCCAUCCUCAGGACCAACCGCGCCGAGGUCCCCAUCGAAUGUCGCUACCCCAGGCAGGGCAACGUGAGCAGCCGGGCGAUCCUGCCGACCUGGGUGCCCUUCUGGACCACAGUGCUGUCAGAGGAGAGGCUGGUGUUCUCCCUGCACCUCAUGGAGGAGAACUGGAGCCGAGAAAAGAUGUCCCCCACCUUCCACCUGGGCGACACGGCCCACCUGCAGGCAGAGGUCCGCACGGGCAGCCACCCGCCCCUGCUGUUGUUCGUGGAUCGCUGCGUGGCCACCCCGACACCGGACCAGAGCGGCUCCCCCUAUCAUACCAUCGUGGACUUCCACGGCUGUCUUGUGGACGGCCUCUCCGAUGGAGCUUCCAAGUUCAAAGCCCCCAGGCCGAAGCCGGACGUGCUCCAGUUCAUGGUGGCCGUGUUCCACUUCGCUAACGACUCCAGGCACACGGUCUACAUCACGUGUCACCUGAGGGUCAUUCCUGCCCAGCAAGCCCCGGACCAGCUCAACAAGGCUUGUUCCUUCAACCAGUCCUCCAGCAGAUGGGUCCCGGUGGAAGGCAGUGCUGACAUUUGUGAGUGCUGUGGCAACGGUGACUGUGACCUCAUCCCAGGCUCCCCCAUGAACCAGAACCAUACUGCCCGGUCCUCUGUGCGAAGCCGCAGGCACGUGACGGAAGAAGCAGACGUCACCGUGGGCCCGCUGAUCUUCCUGGGGAAGGCUGGUGACCCCGCCGGCACAGAGGGGCUGGCCUCCGCUGCACAGGCGACCCUGGUGCUGGGCUUCGGCCUGGCCACGGUGGUGUUCCUGGCUGUGGCUGUUGUGGUCCUGGGCCUCGCCAGGGGGUGCCACACUGCUUCCCACCCCAGGUCUGCUUCCCAAUAA